GCCAAAAAGUGACAUAAAAGUCGGAGAGUCGUGUGUUUUUCUUUUUGGUUUUUACCAGUCACUCUUUUUUCAUGCAAAUUUUGUCCUCUUUUGGGCAAACACAACUUCCCUCCCCUUUGGAUGGGGGAGAUCCCGAGCAGGCGCUCUUUCUCUUUUUUCACCCAUUCACCCAUUUACAGCGAGAUACCCUUACUACUGACUCUUCAUUACUCUAUCACCAGCCACUUUAGCGUACAUUCCUUUUCUCUAUUUUACGCAGGAUCAAUGACUUGAAAGAUAAAAAAGUUAUGAAGUAUUCAUACCAUAACCCUCCACCUUCCUCCAUGAUGAAGCCUAUGAUAAUGAAACGAUCCAGGUCUACCGAGUCACUUGAAAGAGCUUUAAAGAAAUAUAAACCUUUUCAGCAACCGUCAGCGGAAGAAGAGUCCACAACACCUUCACCACCACCCGCUGUACCGCAGCCAUGGCAUGCGAAUACUACUUUAUACCCUCCACAACAGCAAUCACCACCACCUUAUGUCACGUCUCAUUUACUCCAUCAUCCACAUCCAAUAGAAAACAAGGUCAUCAAAUCCCUCUCCAUCUCCACAAGGUCCACCUCCUAUGCAUCGGAACAGUCAUCACCUAUCGAUCAUCGUACUGACAUAGCCAAGAAAGAUACCCAUCCCCAAGAGAAUUAUUAUCGAUCGGUGAAUCACUUUUUAUACAAUGUUCAUGUGGCUAGACAUGGCGAUCCAGAAACAAGAGAAAGUUGGUGGGAACAUACUGAUACAGCUUGCAUGCAACCACAAGAAGAUAUGCUUAUGGACGAAGAUCAUGCUUACUACGAGCAACAACAGCGCCAUGACUAUGAAAGUAACAAUGCCAUUUUAAGACAAGCCUUUUUAAUGCGACAACAACAACAGCAACAGCAACAUCAACAGCAUGAUUGAACAUAGCAAGGACACUGCUUACGUAAUUACUCACUGUCCAU